AGAUUGAUCUUCAAAAUGUGUAAGGCCUAACAAAGCCGAUAUAGACCACAUGCGAGUUUAUGUCGGUCUGACUGGUCGAUGAGGACUGAUAUGUACAUAUAAAGAAAAUGUCACUCAUUUCACAGUACACCGACUUAAUUACAGAUUAGUUAAUCUCUAAUCUCGUAUCAGUUAUUAUCGACUGUUAAAAUGUAUGUAUGGAUACAGUACGGACCAGCCCAGAGAGGUCAAGAGAGCAUAAAUCCAAGCAUUCUUCAACAGCUUUCCUUCUGACUUUUCUCAUAAGCUAACUCCCAUCUUCCACGGCCUCUCUUCUCCUCCUCCUCUUCCCUCUGUUUCCUCUUCAUCACUUCACAGACAACAAACAAAGCUUUCGAUCGGCGGAAAAUUCAAACAUACAUGGGAAGGCACUCCUGCUGCUACAAGCAGAAGUUGAGGAAAGGCCUGUGGUCUCCCGAAGAAGACGAGAAGCUCCUCAACUACAUCACGAAGUAUGGGCACGGAUGCUGGAGUUCUGUCCCGAAACUUGCAGGGCUACAAAGAUGCGGGAAGAGUUGCAGGUUGAGGUGGAUUAAUUACUUGAGGCCUGAUUUGAAGAGAGGCGCGUUCUCACAGGAAGAAGAGAACCUCAUUAUCGAACUUCAUUCGGCUCUUGGUAACCGGUGGUCUCAGAUUGCGACUCAUUUACCGGGGAGGACCGACAACGAGAUAAAGAACUUAUGGAACUCGUGCAUCAAAAAGAAGCUGAGGCAGAGAGGUAUCGAUCCGAAUACUCACAAGCCCCUCUCUGAGGUUGGGAGCUUGACAACGACAGCAGAGAAUCCACAGGAGAAGAUGACCACUACUACUUCCAAUUCCCUAGCCCAUGACAAUUCCUCCGCAGCAUCAUCCUCAACUUCCGAUUUGGUCGGGAACUUAUCGUUCCAGCAGCUAUGCUUCGGGCCAAAUGAAAUGGUUCCCAACUCAAACUUCUUCCUCUUAAAAGUUCCGUCAUUGCCAAGCCCAGUCACCCCGAAACCGCCCCUCGUGAAGCCCUCAAAGGUAUUUCCUUCCGAUAGUUCCUGCACAGAGUCCUCUCUGUUCAGCGCAGCCCGGAAUUGGGAAACCGGGAAUUUGCAGGGCGAGAGUCCAUUCGAGGGCAUCAACAUGCCCUUAUCUUGGAUAUUCUCGGACUGCGGGAAGCUGAACCAAAUGCAGCAGUUCGAGGCCGAGACUGAGGACCCGAAAUGGUCCGAGUAUCUCGGGACACCGUACCCGGUGGGAGGCCUGGGAGCAGGCAUGGAGAGCGGAAUCGGGACAUCAAGAUCAAUGCAAGGCGAGAUAAAACAGGAGACGACCGAGAUACUGAAUUUGAACCCGAACUGGCUCCAGAACCAGCUCCCCUUGGCUUCACAGGCUUCUUCCCUGGCCAUGGCUUUUGAGCCGCAGAACCCCUUUGGCUUCUCUCAAAGAAUGCAACUUCAGCCCUCACUCUUCCAAGACAAGAGGCCAUGAAACAGAGGACAAGACAUCCAACCCAACCGAAAAAACAAAAAAAAUAAACUGGUUUCAGGUGUGUGUGGUAUAUAGUCUCUUCUAUUUUUCUGCUUUGUCUUAUCGAUCCUUGUAUAUGAUUUCUGGCACAGAUAUUUCAUUUUCUUUUUCUUUUCCCUUUUUUUGCUGCUUUUUUAUUAUUAUUUCAUUUAAACUUAUAAUCACAUCUAAAUAGAUGAUAUUUGUCUAUCUUGGUCAUCA